AGAAUGAAAUACUUCGCAGUCGGAUGCACCGCGCUAGCAGUAUAAGUGACGGGUCAUUUUUCAAAAUACGACUUUUUAUAUUUGCUUAGGCAUUAUGGCGUCUAUACACCAAACACUUUAAAAUAUCACCCACCGUAAAGCCUCAACUUCACAUGGGCUGACCCAGAAAAAUUAGUUUUCCUCAUGUACAUUUGACAUUUCUAACGAAGGUGUGCAGUACGCCCGACAAAGUCUGAAGAUGACCAGUUCAAACAUGGAUUCCAAGAAAUCGGACAAGAAUCACUUAGAAAACCUCAGCAAAGCCUUAAACAAAGCACGAGAGUACAUCAUUCUUCUUCUCACUUACUUCCUAUAUAAAAUCGCGCGUUCGAUUGUUACAACAAUGCAGAAAUUUACUUGGGCGGUGACAGGAGUCGAGCGCACGCGGAAGGACGCUAAAAGUGGAAUACAGUUUAAGCAUAGUGCGCAUGUGCAUAAUGUGUUAUGGCGGCGAAAACUUAUCAUGUCCUCUGUGUCGGAGCCUUCCGAUUUCAUUUUAACUCAUAAGUUUUUCAAACAUCCUAAUUAUGUAUUGAAGCCCAACAUUUCACUGUACUGUAUAACCAAGGAGGAGGCCUUCUUUGUCGAGAUACCAGAAGACGUUAAUCUUUAUAAACAAUUUGACACAAGAUCCUUCUAUAUGAAGCAGUUCGAAAAAGCUCAUAGUGUUAUAAGCAUGCCUUUGGCAUCAUUUCAUAAAAUUGCCCAAGACAUUGGCCGUCCAAAAGUUCCAAUCAUCUGGAUGUCCUCUACCGGAAGUUGUGGUGCUGCUCUGUUAAGUCGAGUGUUUGGACAACUUCCGGGAAUGGCCGUCAUCAGUGACCCAGAUGCUUUAACUAGUCUUGCAUUCCUGAAAAAGUCAAACAAAUUUGGAAAAGGUGAAUACGAACAGUUACUACCCAGCGCACUACGACUACUCUGUAAACAAGAUGACCGUGCCAAGAUGUUCUUCGUGAAAACAAGACCCUGCAGUACUUGUCAAAUGGCGGAUGUUUAUAAAUGUUUCCCGCAGAUUUAUCAGCUUUAUAUUUAUCGCAAUAGCUUUAAAACAGUGACAUCUCACCUUAACAUAUUUACAAAAGAACCAAUAUCUAUCGUAGGAAAGUACAUCAUUGACAGUAAAGUACUGUCAGCCGUCUUGCCCUGUUUUCGAAGAUCUCUAUAUCACAAUUAUUGCUAUGUACUGGAAAGAACGGAUUCUACUGAAAACGGAAGAGAUCUCACAAGCGUUGGUAUAUUUGCUACUUCUUGGGCAGCAAAUAUAUCGCAGUGUCUCGAUCACGUGGACGCCGGGGUACCUGUUAUCGCAAUCAUGUUCGAAGAAAUGAUGAAAAAUCCACAAAAAAUUCUCUCCAUCUUAUUUGAUGUCUUGGAACUGAGGCAGGAGUUUCUGUCGGACGCCAUGGAAGGGUUCCGAGUUGAUCCCUGUAAUAACAAUGUAGCCGGUGGACUUGGUUUGAAUGAAACUAGACGUACCGUGUCUCACCAAGCUCGACUAGAGGCGGACGCCAUAUUAAAAAAGCAUGGACUACCUAAACUCGGAGAGAGAUUCGAAAUUCCUGGACUACUGGACUUUGAAACAACAAAAUUCAGAGGGAUAAACACCAAAGAAAGAUAUUACUAGCUAAUUCAUGAUAUUAAUUAUUUUAAAAUUCCAUGUAUUUUUGACAACAAAUAAAUAGUCUUUUCUUUGA